AUGGCCUUUGGCGGAUAUCUGGGCAGUUCACUAUUCAGCAAUGCUAUCGCUGCAUCGCCGUAUCUACCACAACAGUACGGUUAUGCAGACUGGGUCCCAUCCCAAUGCUAUUACGCCUUUGCUGCGGCAGCUGGAUGCUUUGGUCCGCCUGCCCUUCCGCAGAACAACAUCAGCAAUUCGGUCUUUCAAUGCCUGGUUGGGAAAGACACGCACACGCUCCAGAACGCAAGUGCUGCCGUUUCGGGCGCUAGUAGAAUCGGCACCUGGGGCUUCCUGCCCGUAACAGACGGCGUCUUCAUCCAACAAUUACCCAGCCAGCAAUUGCUCCGAAAAGAACUCAACAGCGUGAAUCUCCUCGUUGGCAACAACGCCGACGAAGGCCCUGCCUUCACCCCCCAAAACGUCCAAACCGAAACCGACUUCACCACCUUCAUCCAAAACACCUUCCCCCUCUUCACACCCUCCGACAUCGAGAAAGCCCGCGCCAACAACCUCUACGCCGAAUCCACCUUCGUCUGUCCCUCCUAUUGGAUGGCAGAAGCCUUCACCGGCUCCGGUCGCAAAGCGUACAAAUACCAAUACUCUGUCGUGGGCGCGCAGCACGGAGCCGACGUAUCCGGGUAUUUUGGCCCCGCGGCACUGAACCAACGCGACGAUUUCGUCAAAGCAUUCAUGACUAUCUGGGGGAAUUUCAUCACGAAGAACGAUCCGAGUAUUUCUGCUGAGAUUGCUGAUGGCGCUAAUGGAACGGGCGAUGGCGUCGGCUUUGAUUGA